AUGAAAUAUCUGAGAAAGAUAUCGCCGUUACUCGUCGCCCUCUGUGUACUGCAAUGGCCAUUGGUGCUAGUGAAAUCGGCAUCCACUGCCGUCUCAAACCAACUGUCGUAUGGUCAAAGUAAUAGUGGUGAUCAACCAAAGGAUACGAUGCCACCCGGACUAUUGGGAUCCAUUUAUAAAAAAUCUCGACAGUCGCGGUGUGUGACAUGCUAUGAUGACAGAUACGAAGACCGGCGUCAGUACGCUGGCUACUCGCGUUCGGGAGACGAUCGUCCGGGGAAUUGGUAUUAUCCCCGCAAUGACCGCUACGAAGAUCGCUAUAGAGAACGUGAUGUUGUCGAUUACGAUCGCUAUAGUUAUGAUCGCUAUGACACAAGAGGUUAUAGGCGUGGAUCAUAUGGUGGAGAGAGUCGAGGUUACGGCUACGACAAUCGUGAUGAUUACGACCGCAGAUACGGUGGCUAUGCUGGUUACAACGAUAAACGCGUCUAUGAUCGUGGUGAAAUGCGAGGUUAUGGAUAUGAUAGUCGUGAUCGUUAUUAUGGUGGCGAUCGUGGUGUCGAUUAUCCACGUGGUGUUGAUUAUCCACGUGGCGUCGAUUAUCCACGUGAUCGCAUCUACGACCGCCCACGCUAUGGAACUGGAUAUGGAUCUCAUGGCUACGAUCGUGACUACUAUGAUCGCUACUCACCAAGGUAUGGUUUUCGAAAUUAUCGCCCAUGGGAUGACACAUACAGGACGCAGACAGGAUAUGUCAAGACAGCUGGAUCUGGUUAUUACUACGCCAAAGGUACUAAAGAGGAUAGGCGCUACCUUCCCGAACCAAACGAGGACAGUCGAUAUAACUGUGGCAUAAAAAAGUCGAAUUGUCCAUAUGUUCCACCAGAUAGCGGCACACGUGUAACUUCUGGUCCCAUUGACAGCAGCAACCACCAAAUGGGCAUUUCACAUUCCAUAUACAAACCCAAUGCAAAUCGCAAUGAUAGCACGAAGGGACCAGGUGCCGGUUGGUCUUAUAUGAGGGAGGAGGAAUCAGAUCGCCAGCCUGCUCGCGCUGGUAAUGGCAAUAGUGGUGGUAAUGGUAGCGAGGGUAGCCAUGGUACUGGUAACAGGGACAGGAACCGGGACCGGGAGCAGCAGAGCCCUGCCUACGGUGCUCUAUUAGAUCGUGGAUCCAAUCUCAUUGCCGUUGAACCCGCGAAAGCAAACGAAGAUGGCCAAGAGAACAGCGACCAAUCAAAGUCCUCCACUUCAUCCUCCUCCACAGCAUCGAUGGACGACAACGGACAGCAAAGCGCCAAUGGUCAAACCCCUUAA